AAUGGAGAUUCAGGUUUUAAGAUGCUGUAGGAUUUGAAGUUGUUAUUUUUGCUGUUUGGCAGAUAUUAGGUUAAAUCCUGCUUAAUGCUCAAAUCCUCCUACCCCUUAAGGCGGGCGACGCUCAUCUCCAGUUCUCCCUCGGUUGCGUAAGGGCACGAAAUUGUGUCGCCAUGGAUCUUUUAAUGAGUGAACUCCGUAAGAAGCGGCAGAGCCUUCAGUCCGAUUUCGGCGGAAAAAAGCUUCUCCGCCGCUCCGAGAUCGAGGAGAAGAAAAUCCAAAAGAUCCGUGAGGAGGAGCAGCGCGACGUCCAGGCCAAGAACCUUCGCCAACAUCCCCCUUCAACCUCCUCUCUUUCUGCUGCAUCUGCUCCUUCCUCAUCUUCCGACCAAAACCCUAGCGUCAAAUCAUCCCUCCCACCGGCCCUCGCCUCUUUAGCUGCGGCUUCCUCCUCUAAGAAACACUCUGACUCCCUCUCCGAGGAGCAGCGCAUCGAUGACCUCGUGCUCUCCCGGCAGGAUGUCAUCCGCCAUCUGCGUGUCCUAAAGCAGCCCAUCACAGUUUUUGGCGAGGACGACGAUGCCCGUCUUGAGCGUCUCAAGAUGAUACUCAAGUCGGGAAUCCUCGAUAUCGAUAGCGACAUAACCGAGGGCCAGACUAACGAUUUUCUCCGUGACAUCUACGAGAUGCGCAAACGGCAGAAGGCUGGAUCAUUUCUUCGAGAAACUAAGCACAAGAGGGAUGAUUCUGAUGGUAUGGAUUGCAAUGGUGUGGAGGAUGGCGAUAAGAGUCAUAGCGGGAAUGGAGCUUCAUCCGGACCAGAUGCAGAUAAGGAUUUGAAGAGUAUGAAGGCUAAUUUUGAGGAGCUUUGUGAUGAGGAUAAAAUUCUCGUGUUCUUCAAACGACUUCUCAAUGAGUGGAACCAGGAGCUUGACGAGAUGCCUGAAGCAGAGAAAAGAACUGCCAAGGGGAAGUCUAUGGUUGCUACCUUCAACCAAUGUGCUCGUUAUUUGAAUCCGUUGUUUAAGUUCUGCAGGAAGAAGGUUCUUCCGGAUGACAUUCGGCAAGCUCUAAUGCUAAUGGUGCGCUGCUGCAUGGAUCGGGACUACCUCGCUGCCAUGGACCAUUAUAUCAGGACAGCCAUCGGAAACGCACCGUGGCCCAUCGGUGUGACUAUGGUUGGCAUCCAUGAGCGAUCUGCUCGCGAGAAGAUCUACACCAAUAGCGUUGCCCACAUAAUGAACGACGAGACAACUCGGAAGUACCUGCAGUCUGUGAAGAGGCUUAUGACAUUUUGCCAGAGGAAGUAUCCUGCGCUCCCCUCCAAAUCCGUUGAGUUCAAUAGUUUGGCUAAUGGAAGUGAUCUGCACUCUCUUUUGGCUGAGGAGAGGACUAAGAGUUCUGUGACUGAAGAAAAGCUUCGGUUGAUGCCUGCACCUUAAGUACAGCUGGUUUAUGCUUCGUCUGAGAACCAAAUGUUUGCAGAGGAUUCUUCUAUUUGCUUCUUUUAAUGUUAAUUAUUAGUUGAUUGUUGUAUUGUUUCUUUCUCUUUUUUAUGGGGCAUUUACAUACA